UAAAUAUUUUAUAUGGAAAUACUUGUUUCUCUUUCAAUUGGAAGUGCUCUACGUUUGGCUGUGGGCUGAUCUUAACUUGGUAGUUAAGGGAAAGAAAGUAGCGGGAAAUUUCUCGGAGCUCCAAGCUAAAAUCCUAAACCGCUAAAUCAAGUGAACCACUGACCCGCUUCACUCUUCUUUGAAUAAACUUUCCUCUUUUCUCACGCCACAAAAAUUCCCAUUUCUCCUCCACCCAAACAUCCGAUCCCGUUAAUCAUAAUCGGUGAAGGCGAGAGAGGGUCAACAUGUUGACGGAGCUGAUUUGUUUCGUCACCGUUGUUGUAAUACUUAAGUACUUCUUUUUCGACGACGAUGUCAUCGAUGUUGGAACUUCCGAUUACAACGCUCUAUUCACCGUUGCCGAAAGACUUGAGAAGCUUUAUGGUGGUAAGGCACAUGUUGGGCUUCAAAUUCCGGAUGAGGACUCUGGUAAUCGACAGAGUAUUGAUUUAGUUCUCGUCACUAAACGGGAAGCAGUGGUAGUUUGUGUUAAGAAUGCAUCAGGGUUUAUAUCUGUUGAUAGGGACGGGACAUGGGUUUGUACUGGAAGCCAUAAGACGGAGCGUCUCCCAGAUCCCGUUGCGGAAGCAAAACAAUUAGUUCCUAUUCUUGAGUCCUACCUUGAACAAAGGGGCAUCACUCUUCCUGAAGGAUAUUUGUCUUGCAAAGUCAUAUGUUCAAACCCCAAGUUCUGUACCAUUGGCUCAGACUCUUUUCCCUCCGAGGUCAUAACAUAUGACCAGUGGAUACAACUAAAACCUGAAUCAAACAUGCUUUCUGGUUGGAUUAGAGGUGCAUUUCAUGGUGGGAAGAAGGAAAUGCAGGAAUCAAUACAUGAGAAGCUUAACCUUGUACUCAGCACAGCUCCGAUGUGGGACAGGUUAGAGCUCAAAGGUAAUAAAUUUGUCCUUGGAGAGUUUCUGGAGUUCAAAGGCGACGGUGAAGAUAUUCGGGCAUUGGGAAACAUCAGGAGAUCAAAAGUUAGUAGAAUGACAAUCCAGAAAACAAGCAUGUUUGGUUUAGCUCAUUCCAAGCUCCAAGUGCUCUACUGUCUUCGAGAUUAUCGUGGUGAAGGGGCUUCAGCUUCUGACUGGAAAGAAGUCACUGUCCAUUCUAGGACUGAGGUCAAAAUUCAACCAAAAGGUUCAACGAAAGUACGCAAAUACAAGUUAUCCUCGGUUCUUUCCAUGUCAUUAAGUGCCUGACGUGUCUGCACGAAGUACCAUAUGAGCAUUGAUCAUUGAGAUGGAAUGGUUUAAUAAAAAUGUUUUAACUAGUCUGAUCUCGUUUUUCCUUCAGAAGUUCUAAGGUGAUGUGUGUACCUAUGUCGUCGAGUAUAUCCCAUCAGGCGUAGCAUUAGUAGUUGAGUAGAAAACAUAGGAAGGUGGUAUAAUGGAACAAAAUUCUAGUGUGAUAGAGCCAAUUGUCAGUAAUGUUUUAAAGGGGUUGUUUGGUUGGCGAACAAGUUAUUCGGGAUUAUAAAAUGGAUUAAAGAUAAGAUGUAUUUUUAUUAGUAGACGUUUGAUUCAUUGGACUAAAUAUGCGAUAUAUGAUACAAUAUAAACCAUAUGUUUGGUUUAGAACCGGAUAAGUUGAUAUGAACUUUUAUUUUCAA